AUGGCCCCCAAGCUCAGCACUCUCUUGACAUCGCUGCUCGCAGUAGCAGCACCCGUCACCAAUGCUCUGGCCAUCAACCCCAGAUCUACGAUCGAGGAUGCCGUGGAUUCCAUCACCGACACUGUCAGCCGGUUUGGAGGAGUUCGUAUGAUGAACGCCGAUGCUACCAACGCCAUCGAUGGAUCAUAUAUCGUUGUUUACAAGAAGAACUGCACAGAAGAUGAAGUCAAUGCUCACGCACUCGAGAUCAAGAACUUUGUCAAGAAGCGAAACGUUGGCAAGCGAGCCCUCGAUGGAAGACAACUAUCGACCACUGUACGGACGUGGACCAUGACGAGCUUGAAGGCUGUUCACUUUGAGACGGCUGACUUUGCCGCCAUGAACCUGGGUUCCAACUCCAUGAUCGAUUAUGUUGAGCCUGACAUGAAGGUCACUACCCUUGCCCUUCAAUCUCAGACCAAUGCUCCCACCGGUCUGGUGCGUCUGUCACACGCCACAGCGUCGGGCAAUGCCACCUCUCAGGGCUAUGUAUUUGACGACACUGCUGGCAGCGGCAUCACUGCUUACAUUGUCGACACUGGUAUCCUUACCACCCAUGAUGAAUACCAGGGCCGUGCUACCCUGGAGUUCAACGCCGUCAACAACGUGGACACUGAUGAGAACGGCCAUGGCUCUCACGUUGCAGGAACCAUCGGAGGCGCCACCUUUGGUGUUGCAAAGAACGUCAGCCUGAUUGGAGUCAAGGUUCUCGACGCUGAUGGCAGUGGUACCAACUCUGGUGUCAUCGACGGCCUAAACUUUGUCGCCUCAGACGCCCAGGCCAAGGGUCUCGGUGGCAAGGCUGUCAUGAACAUGUCGCUGGGUGGCUCCAAGUCCAAUGCUGUCAACUCGGCCGUCGAGGCCAUUGCAUCAGCUGGCGUUGUCCCCGUCGUUGCCGCCGGAAACGAGGACCAGGAUGCCGGCAACACCAGCCCUGCUUCGGCCCCAGAUGCCAUUACUGUCGGCGCCAUCGACCAGACUACUGACCGCAAGGCCAGCUUUAGCAACUUUGGUACAGUCGUCGACAUCUUUGCCCCCGGUGUCGAUGUUGAGAGUGUUGGCAUCACCAGCGAUUCUGCCACUGAGACUCUGAGUGGCACCUCGAUGGCCUCGCCUCACAUUGCUGGUCUUGCAGCCUACCUCAUGUCUCUCGAGGGUCUCACUGAUGUUACUGCUGUUUCGGACCGCAUUAAGGAGCUCGCCAACCUCACUGGCGCUUCCGUCAAGCGCAACGAGGAUGACACCACAAACUUGAUUGCCAACAACGGCAACCUAUAG